AUGUUCUUUUCUUCCCCUGUACUCUUUUCCCCUCCACCCUCUUUUCCUUCUCUUUCUCUUCCCCCUCUCUCUUUUUCUUCCUCCUCUUUUCUUUUUUCUUCCUCCUCCUCCUCCCCUUUUUUUUCCUCCUCCUCCCCCCUAUUUUUUCUUUUUCCUCCUCCCCACUCUUUUCCUCCUCCCCCCCUCUUUUUCCUCCUCAUCCUAUCCCUCUCUUUUCCUCCUCCUCCUCUCUUUUCCUCCUCCCCCUCUCUCUUUUUCCUCCUCCCCACUCUCUUUUCCUCCUCCUCCUCCCCCUCCCUCUUUUUUUUUUCCUCCUCCCCACUCUCUUUUCCUCCUCCUCCUCCCCUCUCUUUUUCCUCCUCCUCCUCCCCCCUCUCUUUUUUCCUCCUCCUCCCCACUCUUUUUUCCUCCUCCUCCCCACUCUUUUUUUCCUCCUCCUCCUCCCCCCCUCUCUUUUUCCUCCUCCUCCUCCCCACUCUUUUCUUCUUACCCACUCUCUUUUCCUCCUGCUCUUCUCCUUGCUCUCUUUUCUUUCCUUCACCCUCUUUUUCUACUCUCUUUUACCCCACUCUGUUUUUCUCUUCCUGCCGUCUUCCCCACUCCUUCCUCUCUUUGUUCUUUUAUCCACCUCUUGUCUGCACAUUCUUUCUCGCUCUAUUCCUUUCUUUGUUUUCUAUGUUCUUUCAUUCUCUCUCACUUUCUCUCUCCUCCCCACCCCCCAUUUUGACUUUCAUUCCCUUCCUCCCUCUCCCUGGCAUUUUCUUUACACUCUCUUUCUUCUUCUCCUCCUCCUCGAGUUGUCGCUACCUUUAUAUGAAAUACAAGAGUUUCUUCUGA